GCGUCCAGGGCCGGCUGUGGGUUGACUCAUCGCGGGGUGUGUGGCUGGGCGGGAGGCGGCGUUCCUCGGUCUGCCUGUUGAAAUCCUUCGGAGCGUUUCCUCCUCCUUCUAGCAGCGGCAGCGGGAGGGCGGAGGAGCCGAGCGGAGCCUCGUUUUCCCACGGAGAGAGCAGCUUUCCCUGUUGGAUUGCUGGCGCGCUCGGAGGAAGAGGAGGCACCGCCGAGGAAGGCGCCGUCCCGGGACCCCCAAGCUGGGCAGAGGUGUUUUUCAGCCAUCGGCAUCCAAAUCGCUUUCCUCGCCAUCUGAAGCUCUCUCCAGGCUCCAAACCACACGGCACCGUCCGAGCGGCAUCUCUGGCUGGACAAGAGGUCCUAAUCGCCUGUCUGCAAGUCCUUGGCACCCACCAGGCAGAAAGCUGGAAGCGACUCUAACCAUGAGUGAUUUUUGGCACAAGCUGGGCUGCUGUGUGGUGGAGAAACCGCAGCCGCAGCAGAGGAAAAGACGGCGGAUCGACCGCAGCAUGAUUGGCGAGCCCAUGAAUUUCAUCCACCUCACGCACAUCGGCUCCGGCGACAUGGUGAACGAGGGUCUCCCUGCCGUGUCAGGAGCCGUCCAGGAAAUGCGAUCCAAAUGCGGGCGAGAAAGACCUUGGAGCAAUUCCCACAUUUUAUAACCUCCCCUCGUCCCUUUCCAUGCUAAUUAAUUACAAAAAUAACCUUAAAAGAAAAAAAAAACGCAUCUCUGCCUCACUUGAAUUUCCUGUUUGGUCUUGUCGAAACGGGUUGCCAAACUCAAAACCGUUGAGUGAAUUAGUCACCGCAUAACUUAUCCUUUUUUUAAAAAAAAAUUUGUAACAGCAACAGCCCCAACAUCCAUCACUCUGCACAUGCCCAGUUGACUUGUUUUUUUUUCCUGGCAUUGUUUGCUUGGCAGAAACCCCCCCCCCCCAGCCUGCCUUGGCGAGCAAAGCGGGGACAAUCUUGCUUGGGCAACCUUGCAAAGAAUCGUAGGUUUCUUACCCAGGAUUGAUCCACAACACUUCCAUGAUAACAAAUCAUCAAUACGUUUUGGCUCCUUUAUAAACUGAAGAAAGCAUCAGACGGAACGAAUUAUUCUUGGUGUUUUCACUGAAGUUUCUCCACUGGAUUUUAUUCUUACGGACGUGUCCUGGCUACCAUGCGAGAUAUUUUGGGUGCCAUUAAUGGGUGUGGCCGCCAUCUUGCAGAACGAUCCCUCCAAAGGGAGGCUGGCAAAUCUCAUCCCGGACUCCUUACAGGGCCCCCCAAGCCCAGGCGGUGGGUGCUGAAACAGGGUGGGCAACCUUCCUGGUGCCAGCCAGCAGCUGCCGAUUCUUUCCAGGAAGCAGAGUUCAAAAACCAACAGCAAUUCGGUGCUUGUGAUAUUUGUUGUUGUUGUUAUUAUUAUUAUUAUGGAUUGUCACAGAGUCAGCCAGAUGUUCUUUGUCUAACUAUCCAAUUUAUUUGUUGCCUAUCUCGCGGUUCGAAGUGACUGUGGGCUGCUUUUUUCCUCGCAAACUUUUCUGCCCUAAAUUGAUCAUCCCUUUGCUCUUGGCACAAAAAUGGGGAUCCAGGGAAAUCCACCCCCACAGGUCCAGAAACAAGCCGAGGGGCUCCGUGACUCAAAUUCCUGCAAGCUAGGAGGAAUUCGCUCUCAGCCUCCUUUCCUUCGCGGAUUGACGCUCCCCCCCAUCCCCACCGCAGAUGGAGCAGCCAGGGACCGGGGCAAAAUUGCAACCAGGAUCAACCAGAUCCCUGCAAGCUUGUAAAAUGGGGCUGGAGAGAAUCUCACAUGGAGACUGCUUUGCCUGGAGGAAGCUCAGUUGCUGACCCUUGUCUGAAAGCUCCACCUCUGUAUAACCCUGGAUUAUGUGGCUCUUUCCUCCAGACAGACUUGUGUUAAAAACGUGGAGGCCGCAGCGUGGAGAUCCUGCUUUCAAUACUUGUUUCCCAGGUUCGAUUCUCCCGCGCUCCCCUUCUCGCUCAACGAGGGACCUGGGUUUUUUAAAAGGAGGAACGAGGCACCCCCAGACCCAAAACAAAGACUUGUAGACGGUCCAGCCUGUAGGAGGAGAAAAAAAUAUAUAUACAUUUCAAAUUCCAGGGUCAGCUUUUUCAGCAUCCUGACGUGUGAGGUUGUGGAAGGUUUCUCCGCCUCGCUGUGGGAUUUCUUCAUUCUCUGUCUCUGAAACUGGAGUUGCAGUCCACAUGACGCCAUCCGGCUGAGCCUGGGAUUCCUGAGUGGAUUCCCACUGCAACAAAACCCACACAAUUGUCUCUUCCGUUGUGUCUUCAUCUCCAUCCGGUUGCCCCAAAUUAAGGGACUACAGAGGGUUGCAGGUCAGCUCUUGAAGAGAAAACCUUCAGCAGCCAAUAAACUCUGAUAUUUUUUUCCCCUUUUUUCCUGGUGCGAAAACAGCUAGGUGUAAAAUUAAAGGUGUCCAUUUUUUCUCCUCUUUGUUUCCUGUGUCUGCUGACCAAGCAAAAGUUAGAUUAUUUCGAGCAGAACGACUGUUUGGCUACCAAAUUUUUUAAUCUUUGGGGCUUUAGGAUUGCAAUGUCCAUUAUUCCUACCACAUGUUGGCAGUGGAUGAGGGGAUCUAUAUUUUAACUUACCUGAAAAGCAUCUUUCUUUCUUUUUUUGAUCACUCCAAAAAUUUAGCUGAUGGGUCGAUGUUUCAAAAAAACACACACAAAAAAAAUAGAACUUUUGCCAUGUUUAUUAUUAUUAUUUUUCCCUCCCAGCUGGUCUGGGGUUAAAAAUGAUUGCUUUGGGGAAAAAGAAUAGCUGGGCUGUUCGCCUGUCUUUUUAUUUGCCAGAAAAUUAUCUUUCUUCUUUUUGCAAACAAGAAAAUGUGUGUGUGUGAAGGGAAGGAGAAAAUAUAUUAUUUGAAUAUAAUGUUGCAAUUGAGACACUGAAAUCUGGGAAAAAGGGAGAGCUGUAUUGUGCUGGCUUGGACUUUUUUUUAAAAAAAAACAAACCCUGUUUUCUAGGCUAAGUGCAACAAAAGAGUUAUGCAAUCUAUUUCUGAUAUGUUUCUCCCUCGUUUGCACAGAGUGUAAUGUAUGCUUGGAAAGACGAAAUUAAAUGGCAAAGGAGACUCUUGA